AUGAAGCCCAAACGCAUGAACCCCGAAGAGCUGGCACGUCGAGCCCACCAAGCAGCAGAAGCCGCCGCGUCCCAGGCUGCGAAGCAAGCCGAGAUUGCUGCGCGCAAGGCCAAUACCGUACCAAAGACACCGCCGCCCGAACAUGGCCGGGAGAUCUUCGUCUACAACCAUGCACAGCGAAACCAUGUCGUCUACUCGCUCAGGAAGGCCAUGAACAACAAUGCCGCCUUGGCCCAGCUCCCCUUCAACGGCAAGAAAUCCGUACCAGCUGCCCUGCGCAAAGACCUAUGGCAUCCCAUGGCCCGCAUCACCUUUCCGAAAGGCUCUGGAAAGGUCGGACUCUCCGCCUUUCAGAAGCUGCGCGAGUACAGGAAACGACACGAGUUGGAAUGGGAAACGAAGAAGGGUGAUCACAUCUUCUGGGAUCCGAAGGCGAGAGAGGAUAAAGAUAAUCCUGGGAGUUUUACACCAGGCCCGAGAACUAUCAAGGCUAGAAACAGGUUGCUGUGUGACCAAAAGGCGAACAGCAUUGCUGAUAUUGCGGCCGUGUUAAAUCGAUUAGCUUCACCAAUGCAGAAGUCUACUGCUGUGCCGAAGGAGGGAGAAGAAGGAGCUGUCACGGCUCAGGAGGGGGACACAGCCGAGACAGGAAAGAGUGCGCAGGAAGGGGCAGUGGAGGGGUCUCAGAAGCCAGAGGAGUCCGCUGAGGUCACCAAAUUGCCGAACAUUGGCCUUGUGGGAGAGGGAUCCGGAACCCGAGUCGAGGUUCUCUGGCGGGACUUGCACGAUGCGGAAUUCGCAGAGUCGUGGGCCGGGAACAUCGAGCACGGCAAACUCCCAACGCCCAGCGAGGAUAUCCCAACCUGGCUCAAGGAGAAGACGUUACGAGAGAAAGAAAUCUCCGACGCCGACGAGGCGGCAGCGCGGCUCCGGAACGCAGAAGAGCAGGCCGCAGUACGCGCCAGAUGGAACGCCUUGAGCCCCGAGGAGCAGGCCGAGGCGAAGAAAGAAGCGCUAGCAAAGAAGAUGGCUGCUCGCGGGAAUGCGAUCUCCGACGCCGACAAGGAGGCAGCGCGGCUCCGGCACGCAGAAGAGCAGGCCGCGGUUCGCGCCAAGUGGAACGCUUUGAGCCCCGAAGAGCAGGCCGAAGCGAAGAAAGAGGCGCUGGCAAAGAAGAUGGCCGCUCUCGAGAAUGCGAAGCAUGAGAAAAAGGCGAAAAAGCAGAAAGUCAAACACGUAGCUAAGAGGAGGACAACGGGCAGCACAAAGAUCCGAAAGGAGACUGUAUAG